CAGGCUGUCCCCAGGCUGUCCCCAUGGCGUGUCCCCUGGAGCAGGCGAUGGCCGUGAUGGUCACCACCUUCCACAAGUACUCGGGCAAGGAGGGUGACAAGUUCAAGCUCAGCAAGGCCGAGCUCAAGGAGCUGCUCAACAAGGAGCUGCCCAUCUUCGGGAGCAAACAAAUGGACGAGGCCGAGUUCAAGCGCCUGAUGAACGACCUGGACCACAACAAGGACAGCGAGGUGGAUUUCAAGGAGUACGUUUGUUUCCUGGCCUGCGUCACCAUGGGCUUCAACGAGUUCUUCAAGGACGACCCCAGCAAGCAGCACCGCAGGAAGUGAGCGCUGCCUGCGCCAAACGAGGCGCGCAAUAAAAGCUUUGCCCUGAGCCUGGCCCAGUUCUGGGCUUUUGUUCGGGGUUUUCCCUGAUCCUGGUUGAGUUUUGGGUUCUGUUUGGGC